UUUCUCCCUCUCUGUGUGUCUCUCUAUGAAAGCAAUCAGAGCCCCAACAACUUGCAAUUCCUCUGCAGUGAAUCUAAUGAAUUUCGUUCAUGAAUGUAGGUCAUUUACAAGCGAAAAGCAGCUAUUCUUCUCAGGAGCUAAGUCUGGGGUGUAAUUGCAUUUCACUUGGACCGGGAUAUUGCAUUGGAUCUUCUUCCUUCUUCUUUUUUUUCCCCUUUCCUCCUUUUCAGGGGAGAUGGAGUUUUAGAUAUUUGGUGUGAUAUUCGCCCCCUUUUUUUUGUAUCUCUCGAAGUCCCUGGCUUCAAGUAGAGGAGUUAGAUGUUGCAGAUAUACCGAGGAGGUUAAUCAAUCAAACUCCAGGAAGAAAUUUCACGGCAAGAGUCAGGUGUCUUCUUAUCACCUGCGUCCAAUUCCAAUAUGACAUCCAUCUACAGGGAUGGCUACUGUUCAAGGGACUGAUAUUAUUCACAGAUUCUGCAUAUGGCGGUUAUUAAACAAUAAUAAGUUAUAGUCUACGCAAGGCAAAGAUUUUAGCCCUGAAAGACUAUAUCCUUUGGGAGCUGCAACAGACAAUGUCUAGGCGAACGGGAAUUUUAUGGCUACCUUUCAUUUCCACACCUUUAAGGGUGAUCUUGAAUGUAAACUUGAUUUUAUGGAUAACAACCCUGGCUUUCCAAUUUACUGUUAUCAACUGCCAAGCACAAUCAACAAUAGUAACAACAAACUAUGGAAAAUUGCGGGGUCUGAAAACUCCUCUACCCAAUGAAAUCCUUGGGCCAGUGGAACAGUACCUUGGGGUUCCUUAUGCCUCUCCACCAACUGGGGAAAGAAGAUUUCAACCCCCAGAGCCCCCUUCUUCAUGGACUGGAACGAGGAAUGCUACUCAGUUUGCCCCAGUCUGUCCCCAGUACCUGGAAGACAGAUUUUUACUAAAUGAUAUGCUCCCAGUUUGGUUCACAGCAAGUUUGGAUACAGUGGUUACUUACGUGCAAGAUCAAAAUGAGGACUGUCUUUACUUAAACAUUUAUGUUCCCACUGAGGAUGGAGCCAACACAAAGAAACAAGCAGAUGAUAUAACCAAUAAUGAGCGCAGUGAAGAUGAAGAUAUCCAUGACGAAAAUGGCUUAAAGCCAGUUAUGGUAUAUAUUCAUGGGGGCUCCUAUAUGGAAGGAACAGGAAACAUGAUUGAUGGGAGCAUUCUCGCUAGUUAUGGAAACGUCAUUGUCGUUACCAUCAACUACAGACUGGGUGUUUUGGGUUUUCUAAGUACUGGAGACCAAGCUGCCAAAGGAAACUAUGGACUGCUUGACCAAAUACAGGCCUUGAGAUGGAUCAAAGAAAACAUCCAAGCUUUUAAAGGAGAUCCUAAGAGGGUUACAAUAUUUGGAUCUGGUGCAGGAGCAUCAUGUGUAUGUUUGCUGACGCUAUCGCAUCACUCUGAAGAUCUGUUUCAGAAAGCAAUAAUACAGAGUGGGACUGCAUUAUCUAGCUGGGCGGUUAACUACCAGCCAGCCAAGUACACCAGGAUGUUGGCAGAAAAAGUUGGCUGCAACAUGCUAGAUACCAGUGAUUUAGUUGAAUGCCUUCGAAUGAAGAACUACAAAGAACUCAUUGAGCAAUAUAUAACUCCAGCAAAAUACCACAUUGCCUUUGGGCCUGUCGUUGAUGGGGAUGUAAUACCAGAUGAUCCACAGAUUUUAAUGGAACAGGGUGAGUUUCUCAAUUAUGACAUCAUGCUCGGUGUGAAUCAAGGUGAAGGAUUCAAAUUUGUGGAAGGCAUCGUGGACAGCGAGGAUGGAGUGUCUGCGAACGACUUUGACUUUGCUGUUUCGGAUUUCGUGGAUCACUUGUAUGGCUACCCGGAGGGGAAGGAUACUCUGCGAGAAACCAUUAAAUUCAUGUAUACUGACUGGGCUGACAAAGAGAAUCCUGAAACUCGGAGAAAGACUCUUGUUGCUUUGUUUACUGACCACCAGUGGGUUGCUCCCGCAGUUGCAACCGCCGACUUACAUGCUCAGUACGGUUCACCAACCUAUUACUACGCUUUUUAUCAUCACUGUCAAAGUGAUAUGAAACCCAGCUGGGCUGAUUCAGCCCAUGGUGAUGAAGUUCCUUAUGUUUUUGGGAUCCCUAUGAUUGGGCCAACAGAUCUUUUUAAUUGCAAUUUCUCCAAGAAUGAUGUCAUGCUCAGCGCUGUGGUUAUGACCUACUGGACUAACUUUGCUAAAACAGGGGAUCCAAACUAUCCUGUCCCACAGGACACCAAAUUCAUCCACACUAAACCAAAUCGCUUCGAAGAGGUAGCAUGGUCAAAAUACAACCCAAAAGAUCAACUGUAUCUGCACAUCGGUUUAAAACCAAGAGUUAGAGAUCACUACCGGGCCACAAAGGUAGCAUUCUGGUUGGAACUUGUACCACACUUGCAUAGCUUAAAUGAACUGUUUCCCUAUUUGUCAACAACGACAAAAGUGCCGCCACAGGAUACAACACCCUUUGGUUACACCAAACGUCCCAGGCCAUCGACAACAAGGCAUCCUGUCAUCCCUGGCAACAAUCCAAAACAACCCAAGGAUACACGCAAAUCGGGGUCAGAAGAAACCACGGUCCUUAUUGAGAACAAGAGAGAUUACUCAACAGAACUAAGUGUCACCAUUGCCGUGGGGGCAUCACUGUUGUUUUUAAACAUCCUGGCAUUUGCAGCUUUGUACUACAAGAAGGAUAAACGACGCCACGAGACACAUCGGAGGCCCAGCCCUCAGAGAAAUACCACAAAUGAUAUUGCGCAUAUUCAGAACGAGGAGAUUAUGUCUUUGCAGAUGAAGCAACUUGAACACGAUCACGAGUGUGAAUCCUUGCAGGCCCAUGACACCCUAAGACUUACUUGUCCACCAGACUAUACACUUACAUUGAGAAGAUCUCCUGAUGAUAUUCCUCUUAUGACACCUAAUACCAUAACCAUGAUUCCAAACACUUUAGCUGGAAUGCAACCCUUGCACACUUUUAACACCUUCAGUGGAAGUCAAAACAGUACCAACCUACCCCAUGGGCAUUCCACCACCCGGGUAUAGCUCUCACAAGCUUCUUGCUGGCUUAUAACCAGUAUCGUAAAACUAUAUUUUAAGUAACUGAGAUUCAUCACAGAAGUUAAGAUAUUAUUUUGUUACUGCGCCUUCUAAAAAUUACUAGAGAUGAACAAAACCUGUGAAAUGUGAAUGUCACUACUGAAAUACUGCAUUGGAAUUUCAGCUCUAUUUUAGAUGGAGAAAGGUAGGGGUUCAAACACAAGUGACACCCUUCAAAAAAUAUUGACUUAAAAGAGAAUUAUAUGAAAAAUAGACAUUUCAUUAUGUAGCAAAUGAUUACAAGGUAAUUAAAACCUGCAUAUGUGCCAUACUCUGUAUGCCAAGAAGAUCUGACAUUCUCUUGCAAAUGGAUAAAGAAAAGUAGCUUAUUGGGGAUAAAUUCAUAUGAAAAGGACUAUGCAGUAAAAUGGUGUAAUUCUAUGAAGAGUGAAAAAAAUUGCCAGCCUGAAUUGUAUUUAAGAAUCUUUGUAUAAAAAUGUAAAUAGUUGUGAGUAAAAAAAAUACCCCUCAAAAAAAAAACAAAAAAACAAAACAAAACAAAAAAAAAACAGAGAAAUGGGAAAAACAAAGCUUUUAUUGUUGUUUUCAGUUUAAAUAUGGCUUUUAGGGAGCUUGUGCUUUCAGUUGUGAUGUGUGUAAAUAUAUUGAUCAGAUCAUCUUUUAAAUAAAAAAAAAUCUUUAAUUGUGUUAAAAACAACAA